CGCUGACGUCAUCCCGUCGAUUUACGCACACAGAGGUGAGGUAGAGGAGGAAGAUCUGCUGAUCAGCCAAUCUACAGCUCGGAUGUCCUCUCUGCGUUAUUUCUCUUCAUCCCUCCAUCUUCCAGUAGCGAUGUUCCCGCAGCCUCCGCCCCGCCUCGAAGCUCCGUGUGCGGCCACGGUGUAGCUCCGCAGCUCGGUGCACGUCCCCGUCAUGGUGCAGAAGUCCCGGAACGGCGGGGUGUUCCCCGGAGCGCAGACUGAACAGAAGAAGCUGAAGGUGGGCUUCGUGGGCCUGGAGUCCGGAGGGACGGAGUCCAGCAGGGACGGAGCCCUGCUCAUCGCAGGUGGAGAUGAAGGUCCUCGGCGUCAGCGCAGCAGCGUCUCUGGAGGAAAGAAACCUCCUAAAAGAAACGCCCUCUACAGGCGACUUCAGAACUUCUUGUACAAUGUCCUAGAGAGACCUCGAGGAUGGGCCUUCAUCUACCACGCCUAUGUGUUCCUGCUGGUGUUCUCCUGCCUGGUUCUGUCUGUGUUCUCCACCAUCAGAGAGUAUGAGAAGAGUUCGGAGGAUGCCCUCUACAUCCUGGAGGUGGUGACUAUCGUGGUGUUUGGGGUGGAGUACAUGGUGAGGAUCUGGGCUGCAGGUUGCUGCUGCCGCUACAGAGGAUGGAGAGGACGACUAAAAUUUGCCAGAAAACCCUUCUGUGUCAUCGACAUCAUGGUGCUCAUAGCCUCAAUCUCUGUCCUGGCUGCUGGAACUCAAGGAAACGUCUUUGCCACGUCUGCCAUCAGGUCCCUCCGGUUUCUACAGAUUCUCCGGAUGAUCCGAAUGGAUCGACGUGGAGGAACCUGGAAACUGCUAGGAUCAGUUGUCUACGCCCACAGCAAGGAGCUGAUCACUGCCUGGUACAUUGGGUUCCUGUGUCUCAUUCUGGCCAGUUUCCUCGUGUAUUUAGCAGAGAAAGAAGACAAUGAGCAGUUUGAGACCUAUGCUGACGCCCUCUGGUGGGGACUGAUAACCUUGACGACCAUCGGAUAUGGAGACAAGUUUCCUGUCACCUGGAAUGGACGUCUGCUGGCUGCAACAUUUACACUGAUCGGAGUUUCCUUCUUUGCUCUGCCAGCUGGAAUUUUGGGUUCUGGAUUUGCUCUGAAGGUUCAGGAGCAGCACAGACAGAAACACUUUGAGAAGAGACGCAACCCUGCAGCUGGACUCAUUCAGGCAGCUUGGAGGGUCUAUGCCACAAAUCUGAGUCGAACUGACCUGACUUCCACCUGGGACUAUUAUGAGAGGACGGUGUCUGUCCCCAUGUACAGGUUGAUUCCUCCUCUUAACCAGCUGGACUUACUGAGGAACCUCAAGAACAAAUCUGGACUUUCGUUUAGGAAGGACGUCCAGCCUGAACCAUCACCGAGUCAGAAGGUGAGUUUGAAAGAGAGAGUCUUCUCAUCUCCACGCAGCUCAGGAACCAAAGGGAAAAGUUCUCCUCAGCAUGUGAUUCCUCCAGGUGGUGUUGGUCCUGGUGUGGGAGUUGCUCCUGGUACUCCAGGAGGGGUUCAGGCAUUGCGCAGGUCUCCGAGCAUGGAGCCCAGUCUGGAUGAGAGUCCUAGCAAAGUUCCAAAGAGUUGGAGCUUCGGAGAGCGCAGCCGAACCAGGCAGGCCUUCAGGAUCCGAGGAGCAGCGUCUCGCCAGAACUCUGAAGUGCUGAUAGAGAUGCAGGAUGAAGAGUUCAGACACAAGAGCUCACCAGAUGCCAGCCUGCCAGGUGAAGACAUGGCAGAUGACAACAAGAGUUGCCACUGUGAGUUCGUCCCACAGGACCUUACACCAGGGUUAAAGGUCACCAUCAGAGCCAUCUGCAUCAUGCGCUUCAUGGUAUCAAAGAGGAAGUUUAAGGAGAGCCUUCGUCCCUAUGAUGUCAUGGACGUGAUUGAGCAGUAUUCAGCUGGUCACCUGGACAUGCUUGCCCGCAUUAAGAACCUUCAGGCCAGGGUGGAUCAGAUUGUAGGAAGAGGAACACCCAUUGCAGAUAAGGACCGUCCUAAAGCAGGUGGUGAGGAGUUACCCGAGGAUCCGAGCAUGAUGGGACGCCUGGGGAAGGUUGAGAAACAGGUCCUGUCCAUGGAGAGGAAACUGGACUUUCUGGUGAACAUCUACAUUCAGCGAAUGGGAAUUCCUCAGACAGAGACAGAUGCCUACUUUGGAUCCAAGGAACCAGACCCAGCUCCACCUUACCACAGUCCGGUGGACCUGCAGGAGAAGGGUCAGUCCAUCUCCAAGAUCCUGCAGGUGUUGCCUGGUGACCACAUGGAGAGGACUCGGUUUGUGACAAAGAUAGUCCGGUCCAGCAGCUCCACUGGUCACAGGAACUAUGCUGCCUCUACCUGUCCACCCUCCACCUCUUGGCAGCCAAUCAGCUCCCAGCAUCACCAGCAGGCCCCUCCUCCUCCACAGCGCAGCCACGGCAACACUCCAAGCCCAGUGGGGGAUGCUUCACUGGUUCGCCUGCCACCUCCUCCUGCUGGAGAGAGACACGGUGGGAACCGAUCCAACCGGCAAAGUAUUGGAGAUCGAGGGGGGUCCGAGAGGAAUGGGGCGGGUGCUAACGGGACAGGAGGAGGAGAUGAGGUGAAGCCCGACAGCGACACCUCCAUCUCUAUUCCGUCGGUGGAUCAUGAGGAGCUGGAGCGCUCCUUCAGUGGUUUCUCCAUCUCCCAGUCCAGAGAGAACCUGGACUUCCUGAACAAUGGGUUCUACCCAUCUGCAAACCUGGUGGAGCAGCAGGGAGGUGGAGGCUCCAGCCGCUGUGCCACCGUCCGACCAUACAUUGCAGAGGGGGAGUCUGAUUCUGACUCCGAGCUCUGCGCCCCCUCUCCGCACUCAGACCGGGCUUGGACCGGCAACAAGUAGGACUGUAGUUAUCCAGAACUAAACCAGCAGAGCGAGUUUUGUCUGAACCGACACUUGAACACCAGCUGUGGGCUUGGAGUGAAGCAUUGUGGGAACUGACGGUGGUAUGAUGAUGUUUGACCUGCUCACCAGUCAGACUCACAGUUUCACAAACAUCUGCAUGACCGAUUAUGACAGAGGUUACCAUGCCGACCACAAUGUUUGUAUUCCGUCCAAAGCACAGAGUCUAACCAUCAACCCCCCCAGAACCUGGGUCCGUCUGCAUCUGAACUAUUACAGACUGGAACCUUUUUAUGAUACCCAGAGGGUAAAUGGACCCAGAUCAUUUUAAAUUAGAACCUCAAACAGCAACAUUCAGACGGACUGGGAGGUCCAGUUUGUGUUUUAUAAGUCCUGAAAUAAUCACAGAGUAACAUUUUAUUUCUGCUUUAUUCAGCUUUAAACUGAACACGUCCUGUUUCUUGGUUCUGAUAUUUGACCAGCAACAUCCACCAAAACAAACUUUCCACGGUUCCUUAACUGUUCUCUCACAGUUCCCUCUGAUGCUGAUCAGAAUGUCUCUGUCUUGUUUGUUCUGGUUUCAAUUAAAUGAAAUGAAUGUUGA